AUGGCGGGAAACUCCGUCAACCCUAUCCCUUUCUCUGAGCCACCGUAUUUGCGUGGACUCCCUUCGCCGUAUUAUACUGCAGCCCAUCGUCACUUCCAGCAAGCCUGCCGUAAAUUCAUCUGGGAGAAUCUCACCCAAUAUGCAAUGGAAUGGGAAAAAGCAGGAGCUGUUCCAGACCGUGUUUUCAAAACCUUUUGCGAGCACAACAUGUUACUGCCAAACAUGCCAGCUCCACUACCAGUAGGUUGGCUAAAACGCCUCGCUAUCAAUGAUAUCCUGGGUGUGAAAGUAGAAGACUGGGAUUAUGUUUACACGGGAAUUUACUGUGACGAGUUGGCACGGUCAGGCCUAAGCGGCCCUGGAUCUUCGCUGAAUGCCGGCUUCUCCUUUGCAAUUCCACCAAUUCUCAAGUUUGGAGGUGAUGAGCUGAAAGAGCGGUUUCUUCCCGAUUUACUGACGGGAAAGAAACGUGCUUGUAUUGCUAUCACGGAGCCUGAGGCCGGCAGUGAUGUUGCGAAUAUAACGACCAAAGCGGUCAAAAGUACAGAUGGAACAUAUUAUAUCUUGAAUGGGGCCAAGAAAUGGAUUACCAACGGCAUCUGGUCAGAAUAUGCAACCAUGGCUGUGCGGACGGGUGGACCAGGUCCCACUGGCCUCUCACUGCUGAUAGUUCCCUUGAAGAACUACCCUGGUGUUUCUAUGAGACAACUCAAGGUCGGCGGUCACGCCACUAGUGGUACUACAUACAUAGACCUUGAAGACGUCAAGGUUCCAGUGUCCAAUUUGGUCGGCACAGAGGGCGAUGGUAUGCGCAUGAUUAUGACUAACUUCAACCAUGAGCGCCUCGUUAUCUCUGUUGGAGUCACUCGCUCGGCCCGUGUAGCUUUAUCCGCUGCAUUUUCAUAUUGCCUCAAACGUGAGGCUUUUGGCAAGAAACUAAUGGACCUCCCCGUGGUGCGUCACCGACUUGCAAAAGCUGGUGCUGAAUUGGAGACCAUGUGGGCCUGGAUAGAACAGAUUCUGUAUCAACUGAAUCAUCUCAGUAAGGAUGAAGGGGACCGUCAACUUGGCGGGCUGACAGCUUUGGCUAAAGCCAAGUCGGGCAUAGUUCUCAAUGAGUGCGCCCAAUGUGCUGUUCUGUUAUUUGGUGGCAAUGGCUACACUCGAUCAGGCCAGGGUGAACUAGUAGAAGCUAUUCUCCGUGAUGUUCCUGGUGCUCGCAUCCCCGGUGGCUCUGAAGAUGUACUACUUGACUUGUCUGUGCGCCAACUGGUCAAAAUCUACCAGGCACAGGAAAAGAAGCUCACCCAAAGCUCGAAGAUCUAG